AUGAAAUAAACUAAGAAAAGAUUAAGUUAUAUAAAAAAUCAAAAGCCUGCAAACAUUGAAUGGAUAUUAAAUCUUCUUGAUCAGAUUCCUAAAUACCAAUUGCAAUAAACUAACCUUAAAACUGCAAGCUAAAUUUAAUUAUAAGGUUUACAAGAUUGUGAUCAAAUACUAAAAUCAGACCUUUAUUCUUUUAACAAUAAAACUAAUAAAUUUUAACAGAUAACAUUUUCACUUUACCCUAAUAUGCUUAUUAAUAAUUAUGGAGAAUUCUUGAUUUUAUCUACCUGCAUCAUGAUUAAGAAAAUAAUUUAAUAUAAAGAAUUUAUUGCCCAAGGUGUAAUGCUCUAUAAUCAUCAUGGAAAUCUUUUUAUAUUUUAUGAAUCUUAUGUUUAACAACUGAGUGUAUAUUUAUAUUUAUUAAUCUUAGUGGGAAAAGUAACUAAAAAGAUUUUGUAAACAACAAAAUUUUUCUUAAAAAUACACAAUCAAAGAAAAACUAUCCAUUCCGAAUCAUUUUGUCUGUGUUAAAAACAAAAAUAGUAAAAUAUUUAUUAAAAGCAGUAGAUCGAAUAUACACUGUAUAAAUGAUAAGAUAUACACAUUUAAAUGAUUAAAACUAUGAAUAAUUGAUGAAUGAAAUUAACAUAUUGAUGUGUUUUAAAUAAAGUGGAUUAAAUUAAUUCCAUGCUUUAUUUGAAGAUGGAGAAAUUCUUUAUAUAUUAUAUGAUUAUUGGAUUGGAGACACAUUAUUUAAAUAACUUUAGUAAGGAUUAUAAUUAACAAUGCAAUAGAUUUCUUAAAUUAUAUAUCAAUUAAUAAAAGUCUGUAGAUUCUUAUCAUUAAAUAAUCUUUAUCAUGCAUCAAUUUUGCCUACAAAUAUUAUCUUAUUAAGAAAUAAUAACAAUACUCCAUAAUAAACUAAAAUUACUUUAUUCAAUUUUAGUUUUAGAGAUGCGAAUUAAGUUCCUUCUAUAAUCUAAAAAUUACCUAAUGCUUGGAUACCACCUGAAUUUCAAUGUUUAAAUGUAAAGUAAGACUUUUCUUAAAUCGAUUUAUAUUAGAUUGGUGUUUUACUUUACUAUUUAACAAUAUUUUUACCUGAAAAUGGUAUUAAAUAAGUUGCUUUUAGUAAAACUAUUGAUAAUUUUUAAAUCUCCUAUACAUGGCUAAAAGGAUUAUAAAAUAAAAAUUAACUACUAUACUCUUAUUCUUUAAUAGACUUUUUAUGCCAACUCUUAGACCCAAAUCCAAAAACUAGAAUUACAUAUUCAGCAGCAGUUUGUCAUUAAUGGUUAAUAAAUUAAAAGCAUUAGUAAAAUUCUAAUGAAAAAGAAAAUAUUAAAAUCUUGGCAUCUUUAAGAACUAUUUUAGAAUUGAGAGAAUAAAAUUCUAAUGAUUAUGCAUCAUCUUAAAAAUUUGAUUAAAAAUUAGAACAACAUAUUACAAGUUCAAGUGAAGAGGAAGAAUAAGAAUAGACAGCCGAUGAUUAUUUACAUAGAAUAUCAAAAGAAAGAAAUUGCAUUCCUCAUUAUAUAAAUCUGAUGAACAUAAUUACGCCAUUUAAACAUCCUUCAAGAAAAUCAGUAAACGAUUAAAUUCAUUUUGUUUGA